CCUUGCCUCGUGUUCCAGUUCUAAUCUAUGAGGCUGUUUCAGUCACUAGACUUUGCUGUUUUAUUUUCCUGUCGUGCAAUUAUGUAGCCAGUAAGUUCAGGGAAAUGACGCAGUGCCACUGACAAGUGAUAUUACUCUAUAAUCCACGUCAAUGUUUCUGUGUAUCUUAUGCAAUUAUGUCUAAUUAGACAUGUGUUCUGGGAUCUUAGCGUGUGUUAAUGUGCAUUCUUUAUCCCGCAUCAACUUUAACUUCAGCUGACUGAUAUGAUGCAAAGAGGAUUAGUAUAUUACUAUAUUAUCCUCCUGCAGUUCAGGCCAAUCGGAUCAGUCCCAAUGUCUGGGCGAUUUGCAUUGAGAGACUAAACAAUAAUAUUGGGGGUGCGAUCUGAAGUUUUGAAUUCUAUGGUUCUGACUGCAGAUCAGCCAGUUUUCUGGAACUGAAGUACAUACUUAUUGAGAGAUAUAGUGUUUAAUCUAGCUAAUGUGUCAUUGACAUUUCUACAAGUUUAUACCUGGUGAUAAUGCUGUCAAGGUUUGUGCCUUUGUGGUGACAGCUUUGUAGAUGAGCUCAUAUUCACCAACCGUUUGUUUAAAAUCAUUAUAGACGAAGAUGCAUCACCUGGUGUUGAGACCAUGCUUGUGUUUUCUGAUCAUGUCCGGAGCUUUGUGAACCCUGUUUGGACAUCGUCAGGCAGACCAGUAGCUCAGAGAGGUUCGCUGACUGUGAAUGGUUUGAAUACACCAUCGCAGAUGGAAAAACAAUCUGAUAGUAAACAAGUUCAGGAACUCAUGCAGAGUUUUCCACCGGCUAUUGUUGUGGAUCACCAUCCUUGUGAAAACUUUUCAUUGUCUCCUCCACCAGUUGAUAGAAAACGCACUGGACCACGACCUUGUCCAGUUUGUUAUUUGCCAGUUGAGCAAGCACUGGCACUGAGACCAGCUAAACCAUCAUUGUCACCAGUCCUUCAAAGCUUAAAUUAUGUUCUUGAAGAGAUUUUGAUUCCCAAAGAGUCCAAGAGCGGUUCUUUGUUUGGAGGUUUUCCAUCCCUGGAGGAACGAGAUAAGUCUUAUGACAUAAAAGACUCGAUGACUGUACAUUGUGGAUUUGUAAGAGGGAAGGUACCUGGUCUUAAUACUGGGUUUGACAUAGAUGAAGCUGAUCAUUCUGAGAUGCAGCUGUGCCAGAGUACAGUUGUUGCCUCUGCUAUUUUUGGUAAUUAUGACGUAAUGCAACAACCAGAAAAUAUCAGCAAAUUUUCAAAAGAUACAGUUUGCUUCUUUAUGUUUCUGGAUGAAGAAACAGAAGCUGCAAUAAAGAACACUACUAUUGGUCAUACUAAAAAGAUUGGGCUGUGGCGGGUAGUUGUUGUCCGCAACCUACCAUUUACAGAUGCUAGACGCAAUGGAAAGGUUCCAAAGCUAUUACUUCAUCGGCUUUUUCCCAAUGCGCGAUAUUCAAUUUGGAUUGAUGGGAAACUUAAGCUAGUGAGGGAUCCUUAUCAGGUAUUAGAAAGGUUCUUGUGGAGGAAGAAUGUUAGCUUUGCAAUUUCCAGGCAUUACAGACGCUUCGAUGUUUUCGAGGAAGCUGAGGCCAACAAGGCUGGUGGAAAAUAUGAUAACACAUCAAUUGACUACCAGAUAGAGUUCUACAAAAGAGAGGGUCUAACCCAUUAUUCAUCAGCCAAACUUCCUAUAACGAGUGACGUCCCGGAGGGCUGUGUGAUAAUUAGGGAACAUAUCCCCAUAACAAACUUGUUUACAUGCCUUUGGUUCAAUGAAGUUGACCGCUUCACGUCCAGAGAUCAGCUAAGCUUCAGCACAGUUAGGGAUAAAAUAAGGUGGCGAGUUAAUUGGACUGCAGACAUGUUCCUGGAUUGUGAAAGGCGUGAUUUUGUUGUUCAGUCGUACCACCGAGAACUGUUGGAACAGAGGCAGUCUGCCUUACGAAGAUGGCCUCCCCAGCGGUCUCCCGUCGCGCGCUUCCAACCUAGAAAGAUGCUUCCAGACAAUGCAGCAAGGGAACCAUGGAAGGCUUCUGCAACCAAGAAGUUAUCACGGAAGCGAGCACGGGAUAAGAAAUCAAGCUCGAGACGAACUCAUUGAACUAGUGGGAAGGAAGCAAUUCAACUGUAAAUGCUGGCGAUUUUGCUCCUACACAACUGCAUAUCUAACGGACAGCAUUCCAACAUUGUUUUACUACUUUUAACUUCCUUUCAUGCUCCUAGCUCCCCUCCCCAAGGGCGCCAAAAUUUUGUCAGGGAUUGUUGAUAGAGAGCUGAAAUUCUUUGUUGUAAAUAAACAUUUUUAGAUCAGAGAUGUAUUCAACUAGCAGCUGAUUCAAUUCAAUCCAUUUUGGAGGUAGUC